AUGCAUUCUCUUGCGGAUUUGGGAGUCAUGGACCACAUGAGCAGGUCGGAUGAUGACAUGGAUGACAACUCGUCAACAUGUUCCUACUACUCUCUUUCAGACGUAGAGGACAUCUCCUUCAAGAAGAUCCCUGCACAUGAGGUCCGAAAGCAAAGCGAGCAGGUCCCUGAGUUCAGCCAUCUCUCUACAUACCCUCAUACCUUCUACAACAACGAGGCACUACCGCUCAAGGUAGCCGGCCCGUGGAUCGAGUAUCCUCUCUGCCUUAAAGGCCAAUACAGACAGUGCAUGGAGCCAGGACCAGCACGAGUCAUUAUUAAUCCGUCUGUCCCUGAUGGACAUGACGUUAUUUAUCAUCCCACCAAGCGUGAUGGGAGAUUUCUUCAGGCGAAGUACCGACCUAAAGGGUACAGAGCAAAGAUCUCUGGAUGUACGGCUAUGCCGACUAUACCCUCACCCCCAUCUUCACCUCUCCCAUCACCAUCUCUUCCUUUCUCGCCAUCUCCUCUUCUCUCUUUCUCUCCGCCUGCUAGUACAGGCUUUUACGGGGCAUCUCAAGGGUUGAUCCCGAUUACACCUGAGCAAGCGUUUGCCUUGAUGGCGCAGCAGCAGCAACAACAAUUUGCAUUGCAGCAACAGAGCCUAAUGGCCAGUUACAUGUACCCACCAGUUAUGGGCUACAAUGGAGUUAUCCGCGGUCAGUCUUUGUUGUUUUCUUGA